CGGGAAGGCGGCGGGGAGGAUGUCAGUCAGCAGCCCUGCUUAUAGGGGUCGGCUCCGUUCUGAAGCGCUUUUCUCCUGUCUCAAUCUUCACGUUGUUUUCAAUGCUGUUGGGAAGGAAAGAAGCUUCCUGAGUCCGUUUUGUUGAUGCUGUGGACCGAAGGAGGGAAGGACGGAUCAAACUGCUCUGCAGGACGUUGAAGACUUGCUGAGAAAUUAAAGCCCAGGAUUGCAUUGCAAUAUCAUUCUCCUAAGAUGGAUAAAGUAAACAAGGAUUUGAUGAAUUCCCUGGGCAGGAGCCCCAACCCUCCCAGUACCAGCCGUGAGGCUUCACACCAGACCCGCAGACCAGGAAGGCGUUUGUUUUUCCUUGAUAGAGAAAAGGCUUAUUAUUCUGGUGUCCCCACUCCAGAAGCCUCCAGCAGCUCAGAGGAUGUUUGUGCUGCACCCCGUACAUACCUUUCUUUGCUGAACCAGGCAGACCUCGAACAGCACACCCCUAAAGUCACAACUUUCAAGAUGCCUGAGAAUACUGUGAGUCUUCUGGAUGCACAAGUGAUUGGACCAACCUCUGAGCACCUCAUCGAGUCGGAUUUCCCUGAACAGUCAUUUAAGCCCAAAGUGCAGAUUGCCUUUGAAACGCUGCCAGGGAAAUGCCCUCGGACUAUUGAAAUUGAGAGGAAAAGAAAGCUGUAUCUCUCCUUGGAUAUCAAUCAGCUCUUGGACAGUGAGGGGAUAGACUCCAAUCAGCUGACACCAAGGCACCAUGAUCCUGGGAGCGUGCCAGAUGUCGUGGGGAAGGAAUAUCCCAUUUACCUCCCACUGAAGAUCUUUGAUGAUGAAGAAUAUGACUGUCGAACUCCAGAAGAGUGGAUCUCCCUAGGACUGGAGCCAGGAUCUCAUGAGAGAAAACCAGUGCCUGGGAAAGCACUUCUACCUACAGAUGAUGUACUGGGACAUGAGGACCCCAAAAGCCAGAAGUUAACCUAUGAGUGGAUUGAUGUUGGUGUCCUGGAUUAUGACAAGGAGACAAAGCUUUAUUUGGUCCAUAAAUUAAAUAAAAAUGGGCUGGUGCGUGAUGAAGAAGGGAGACCCGUCCUCCAUGGAGGAGCAACUCCAGGAAGAGCCCCAUUGCUGCCAUGUCAGUACUGGGUACCACGAGUUUACCUGCAGUUUCUGGCUGAAGAUCCUCGAGUGUUUGCACAGAGAAUAAUUUCUGCCAACAACUUACGUAAAAAGACACAGAUGCUGCUACUGUAUCACCUCUAUGUGGACUGCAUGCCCACAGAUGGACUGAAUAGCAUCAGUGAGACAAGCAUGGAGAAAAUGAAGCUGUGGGCUCUGCAUACACCCAAUGUGAAUAAGAACAGAGUGUUAGACUGCAUGGGCUGUCUGGAGAAAGAAGUGAAAUUAGACUUCCAGCGUGCUAUGAACAGGAUGAUCUUUGACAGAGCAGUCACUUCCAAACCUCAGAUGUUUUCUUAUGUCACCCUGCCAGACAAAGAGGAGAGGAAAGUACCAGAGAAAGGGCUCAUCUGCAUCCCAGACUAUCCUUAUGACAAACAACGAGAAGCCUUCAGUUUUAUCUCACUCCUGACCAGGCCAGAGGUCAUCCAUCUCCUCGCACAGGUGCAAGAUGAGUGCAACAAGGUGGUUUCCAUGACUCUGUUUAACACAAGCUUAGCUGAGCACAUCAGCUUGGAGGAGUUUGAUGACAUUCAGACCCAGACCUUCACUCAGGUGCAGGAUUUUCUCAAGGACACUUGGAUCGAUAAUCUGAGGACUGCAGUAAAGACCAGCCUGAGAGAUGCAGGCAUAGGCUGGUACAACCUGGAGCGGAGCAGCUGGGAUGUCUACCAGAUGUCCAAACUACAUCAGCUGAUGAAGCGCAUCCAAUUCAUCAUGCAGGACUCGGUGCGCUUUCUGGUGCAGAAAUCGCUCAUCAGAUUCGUCCAGCUUUUGCUGGAUGCUUGCCAUGGUGUUUUGAAUUGCUCAGAGGAUAUGGAAUGGGGAGAUGACCUCAUCAAUAGUCCCUACAGGCCUCGAAGGAAUCCAACCUUUGUUAUUGACCUUGUGCUGGAUGACAGUGGUGCUCACUUCAGCCCUCCUGAGGAGAGUUUUAAGGAGUCCCUCCUUUCUCUAUUGGACAAGGGAAUCCUAGCGACUCAUGGUAUCCCACAGCUGGAGAAGUAUGUAGUGGAGAACGUACCCAUCUCAGGUACACCCUGUCUGGACUCAGUGGACCUUCAUGAACUAGAAGUGGAAGAAAGACGUGCAGUUCUGCAGUCCGCCAUUGAGAAGGCACUGAUCCCUCUCCGAGCCUAUGCUAAGAAAUACGAGAAGUUCUUAGAGCUCAAUAACAAUGACAUCCAGUACUUCCUAAAAGACUACCAAGAGCAAUGUCCAUCUGCCCUGGAGGUAACAGAUAUAGUGAACAAUUACUUGUCUGAAAAGGAGGACCUGGACAACUCUCUACCUAUAUCUGUCAUCAUUGGUCCCUUCACUGUCAGAGUAGGAGUUGUUAAGCAGAACUUGAUCAAAAAGUAUGAAACACUCGCAACUUCCAUGUUGGAUUUACUGGCUGAAAACCUCCAUUCAAAGGUGGAGAGUAUCUGUGGUGUGUACGAUGCUGUCAGCUCGAGGAUACAUGAAAAGCCAAACAAUAUCGAGGAGCUGACUGAGCUGCGGGAGUGGAUGAAGGGCGUCCCUGAUCAGCUGGCUGUGCAGGAGGACCUGAUUAGUGAAGUCAUGGAAGAUUACAAAGUCCUGGAGGAAUUCCUUUACAAUCUCACCGACGGAGAUUUCAAUGACAAGUGGACUGCAAGUUACUGGCCCCUGAAAAUAGCUAUGCAGACUGAGGCCAUUCAGCUCCAGCACAUGAAGGAUGAAAAAAAAUUCCGUGAAAUCCAAGUAACAGAUCACAAUGUAUUUGAAGAGAAACUGGAGGACAUGCAGCUGACUGUAGGUGAGUUUUCUGUCCAGGUGGAUGUCAAACAAGCUCAUACUUUUGCAAACGAAGCGAGGCUGGUUGAGAAGCAGCUGAAGGAGCUUCAGAGUUUGGCAGUUAUGUACAACAACAGGGAAAAGAUCUUUGGGAUGCCCAUUACUAAUUAUAAGAAGCUCACCAGGAUGGUGAAGGACUUCCAGCCCUAUUGUGAUCUCUGGACUACAGUGUCAGACUGGCUGAACUGGUGUAAUAGCUGGAUGGAUGGUCCUCUCACUGAAAUUGAAGCUGAGCAGCUAGAGAAGAAUGUCAAUGAGUCCUUUAAGACAAUGCAGAAGUGUGUGAGGCAAUUCAAAAACUCACCAGCAUGCCAGGGUGUGGCAACAGAGUUCCGAGACAAGAUUGAAGAGUUCAAACUAUAUGUUCCCUUAAUCCAAGGGCUGAACAAUCCUGGUAUGGGCAGUCGGCACUGGAAGAUGCUGUCAGAAGAGAUUAACAUGGAUAUCGAGCCGGAUCCUGAUCUGACACUUCGUCGCUGUUUGGAUAUGGAGCUGCAGGACCAUAUUGAGACUAUUACCAAAAUAGCUGAGAUAGCUGGCAAGGAAUACGCUAUCGAGAGUGCACUCGACAAGAUGGAGAGUGAAUGGAGCUCUGUUUUGUUUGCUGUAUCACCUUAUAAAGACACGGGUACCUUUAUUCUGAAAGACACUGAUGAAGCUUCUCAGCUCCUAGAUGAUCAUAUUGUCAUGACUCAGAGCAUGUCCUUCUCACCAUUCAAGAAACACUUUGAGGAAAGAAUGAACACAUGGGAAAAUAAGCUGAAGAUGACUCAGGAUGUCCUUGAUGAAUGGUUGAACUGCCAGUGCUCUUGGCUCUACCUGGAGCCCAUCUUUAGUUCAGAAGACAUCAAAAGGCAGCUGCCAGAGGAAAGUGAGCGCUUUGACGUGGUGGAUAAGGACUGGAGGAUCGUUAUGAAGAAGGCUAAUGAAAAUCCUGAGGUGAUGUCUUUGUGUCCUGAUCCUGCACUGUUAGAAAGCCUGAAAAAAUGUAACAAGUUACUGGAGCUUGUGCAGAAAGGGCUGAGUGAAUACCUGGAGACCAAGAGAGGUGCUUUUCCCAGGUUCUACUUCCUUUCGGAUGAUGAGCUGUUGGAAAUACUAUCCCAGACAAAAGAUCCCACUGCUGUCCAGCCUCACCUUCGGAAAUGCUUUGAGAACAUUGCACGGCUACAAUUCCAGGAGGAUCUGCAGAUCACACACAUGUAUUCUUCUGAAGGAGAAGAGGUGGAGCUGUCUGCUGCCAUUUAUCCCACUGAAAAUGUGGAGGAGUGGCUGCUGGAGGUUGAGAAAUCCAUGAAGGCCAGUGUAAGGGACAACAUAGAAAGAUCGGUUGGUGUUUACCCAGAGACACCUCGUACUACGUGGGUCUUGCAAUGGCCUGGCCAGGUGACCAUUGUUGGCUGUCAGAUUUUCUGGACAAAGGAGGUGUCUGAAGCAUUGGAAUCAGGAGAUUUGUCCAGCAGGCUUUUCCCACAGCUGAGUGCUCAGCUGGCUGAUUUGGUUGCUGUGGUCCGGGGCCAACUGUCUAAGAUGCAGCGAGCAGUGAUGUCAGCUCUCAUUGUGAUCGAGGUUCACGCCAAAGAUGUUGCAGCAAAGCUGAUCGAGGAGAAUGUGGCAAGUGUGAAUGAUUUUGAGUGGAUCUCCCAGCUCAGAUCCUACUGGACGGAAGGGGACCUGUACAUCAGAGCAGUCAAUGCUGAAUUUCUGUAUGGCUACGAGUAUCUUGGGAACACCGGCCGCCUCGUUAUCACACCCCUCACUGACAGAUGUUACCUGACACUUACAGGAGCUCUGCACCUGAAAUUUGGAGGAGCCCCUGCGGGACCAGCAGGAACAGGCAAAACAGAAACGACAAAAGAGCUGGGGAAGGCACUAGCAGUCCAAACUGUGGUGUUCAACUGCUCUGACCAGCUUGACUUUAUGGCAAUGGGGAAGUUUUUCAAGGGACUAGCCAGCUCCGGUGCGUGGGCUUGCUUUGAUGAGUUCAACCGCAUUGAUAUGGAGGUGCUGUCUGUGGUGGCCCAGCAGAUCACAACCAUUCAGAAAGCACAGCAGAAGAGAGUGUCUCACUUCAUGUUUGAAGGAAAGGAGAUCCCUCUGGUCCCAUCCUGUGCAGUCUUCAUCACGAUGAACCCUGGGUACGCAGGACGGACAGAACUACCUGAAAACUUAAAGGCUCUCUUCCGUCCCGUGGCUAUGAUGGUCCCGGAUUACUCCAUGAUUGCUGAGAUCUCCCUCUACUCCUUUGGGUUUAACGAAGCUAAAGUCCUUGCAAAGAAGAUCACCACAACGUUCAAGCUGUUGUCAGAGCAGCUCAGCAGCCAGGACCACUAUGACUUUGGAAUGAGAGCUGUGAAGACUGUCAUCUCAACAGCUGGCAACUUGAAAAAGGAAAAUCCUACUAUGGAUGAGGAUCUGAUCUGCCUGCGGGCUAUCAGGGAUGCCAACAUACCCAAAUUUCUGCAGGAUGACCUCAAGCUCUUCAGGGGUAUAGUCUCUGACUUAUUUCCCAAGAUCAAAGAGCAGCCUGUUGAUUAUGGCAUCCUGGAAGAAGCCAUUCGCAAAACCUGCAUCAACAAGAGCCUGAAGGAUGUUGAUGGUUUUGUGACUAAGUGCAUCCAGCUGUAUGAAACCACUGUGGUUCGUCAUGGCCUCAUGUUAGUGGGGCCAGCAGGCUCUGGGAAGACGAAGUGUUAUGAAGUCCUGGCAGCUGCAAUGACAUCACUACAAGGUCAGCCUGCAGCCAGCGGUGGGAAUUACGAGCCAGUCAGCUACUCUGUACUGAAUCCCAAAUCCAUCACAAUGGGCCAGCUUUAUGGAGAGUUUAACUUAUUAACGCAUGAGUGGACAGAUGGAAUCCUUUCCUCACUCAUCCGACAGGGAGCCAUGGCCACUGACAACAUCAAGAAGUGGUACAUGUUUGAUGGGCCAGUCGAUGCUCUGUGGAUUGAGAACAUGAACACAGUGCUGGAUGACAAUAAGAAGCUGUGUCUCAGCUCAGGUGAAAUCAUCAAGAUGACAGAGAGUAUGACCAUGAUGUUUGAAGUCCAGGAUUUGGCUGUUGCAUCCCCUGCUACAGUCUCCCGCUGUGGGAUGGUUUACUUGGAACCCAGCAUCUUGGGGCUGGAGCCCUUUACAGAAUGUUGGCUGCAAAAACUCCCUGACAUCAUGAAGCGGUUCUCAAAGCAGUUGACAUCUCUUUUCAGUAGGUUCCUCAAGGAAGCUAUUGGCUUUGUCCGGGAAUCUGGGGAGGAGAUAAUUGCCUCAACAGAUGGCAACCUCACAAGGAGCCUCCUCGUGCUAUUGGAAUGUUUGUUUCAGCCUUACGUUCCUACUGAGGGAGUUAGGAAGAUUCCAAAGGAGAAUCUGGCUCAUCUUGGAGAGCUGAUUGAACCCUGGUUUAUAUUUGCCUUGAUCUGGAGUGUGGGUGCUACUGGAGAUUCCCAAGGCCGUGUUAAUUUCAAUUUGUGGCUGAGGGAGAAGAUGGCAAAGGAAAAGAUCCAGCUACUCUUCCCAGAAGAAGGAUUGGUUUAUGACUAUAAACUAACUGCUGGAUUUACCAGCGCUGAAGAUGAUCUCGAUGAGGAAGUCGUUUGGGAGAUGCGCUGGGAGAAGUGGCUGGACCCUACAGCGAAGUUCACCAUGGUUCCUGAUACCAACUACUGUGACAUUAUCGUGCCCACAGUGAACACAGUCAGAAUGGCACACCUGCUGGAGCUGUUGCUUAUCAACUGUAAGCCAGUUCUCUGCAUUGGUCCCACUGGCACAGGCAAGACUCUCACAAUUACAGACAAGCUUUUGAAGAGUUUGCCUCUCAAAUUUAUCAGCCACUUCCUGACGUUUUCUGCACAGACCUCUGCCAACCAAACUCAGGAUCUCAUUGACAGCAAACUGGAGAAGAGGCGGAAGGGAGUGUUUGGGCCUGCAGUUGGACGAUACUUCAUAUUCUUUAUUGAUGACUUGAACAUGCCCACGCUGGAGACAUACGGUGCACAGCCACCCAUCGAGCUGCUGCGGCAGUGGAUGGACCACAAGGGCUGGUACGACAGGAAGCUGAUCGGUACAUUUAAGAAGCUGGUGGAUAUUAAUUUUGUCUGUGCCAUGGGACCUCCUGGAGGGGGAAGGAACGCUGUUACUCCACGCUUCACACGUCAUUUCAAUUACCUGUCCUUCACGGAGAUGGAUGACGACAGCAAGAAGACCAUCUUCUCCAACAUCCUCGGCAGUUGGAUGGCUGGCCUCCUAGGAGAAAGAAGUCAUAGAGAUCCAGUGCCUGGAGCAGAUGCAGUCAAAGACUUGAAUAAGCCCCUGGUUGAUGCCACUAUCUACGUGUAUUUGACCAUCACAUCCCAGCUGUUGCCCACACCAACAAAGUCGCAUUACACUUUCAACCUGAGAGACCUCUCCAAGGUGUUCCAGGGCAUGCUCAUGGCUCAGCCCAGCGACAUCAAGGUCAAUCGAAUUGUCAAGAAUUACGGUGUGACCGAAUGGCGAGAUGAUGUGAAGAAAGGUCAUGAUGAAGGCAGGCCUUCAGAGCAUACCCAAGACAUUCCUGUUUGUGGAUACGCAGUGAGAAGACAGAUGUGGAGAAGGCCAUGAAACCUGUUGUGCGAGAACCUGGGCCAGCAGCCCACCAAGGCCAACUGAUGGCUUGCAUACACAGGACGGGUCCGCAGUAACAUCCACAUGGUCCUGUGCAUGAGCCCUAUUGGAGAAGUGUUCCGUGCACGCUUGAGGCAGUUUCCCUCUCUUGUGAACUGCUGUACCAUUGACUGGUUUAACGAGUGGCCUGCUGAAGCCCUGCAAUGUGUUGCCUUUUCCUUCUUGCAUGAGAACCCACAUCUCGGUGCCAGCACCGAUACCGUGGAUGGGAUGGUUCGAAUGUGUGUAGAAAUCCACCAGAGCGUGGCAAAGAAGUGUCUAGUGUAUCUGGCUGAACUGGGCAGGCACAAUUAUGUCACUCCCAAGAGCUACCUCGAUUUCCUCAACAUCUUCUGUUCCCUGAUUGGAAAAAAGAAAGAGGAGCUGAAAACAGCCAAAAACAGGAUGGAAGGAGGCCUGGACAAGCUCCUGCAAACAGCAGAUGAUGUAGCAGUAAUGCAGGAAGAGCUGGAGUCUGCCCGCCCUCUCCUGGCACAGGCAGCCAAGGACACGGAGGCAACCAUGGAGCAGCUGCAGGUGGACACAGCUGUUGCUGAAGAGACACGAACUGCUGUUCAGGCUGAGGAGGAGAAGGCCAAUGAAAAAGCCCAGAAAGCCCAAGCCAUCGCAGAUGAUGCUCAGAAGGACCUGGCUGAAGCCCUUCCUGCCCUAGAUGCUGCUCUGGCCAGCCUGAGAAACCUCAAAAAAAAUGAUGUUACAGAGGUUCGAGCGAUGCAGCGGCCUCCCCCCGGUGUGAAAAUGGUGAUCGAAGCAGUCUGCAUCAUGAAGGAAAUCAAACCCAAGAAAGUGGCAGGGGAGAAGCUGGGCACCAAAGUGGAUGACUACUGGGAGCCAGGCAGGGGCCUCCUCCAGGACCCAGGGAAGUUCUUGGACAGCCUGUUUAAGUAUGAUAAGGACAACAUUCCAGACGCCGUGAUCAAGGCCAUCCAGCCGUACAUUGACAGUAAGGAUUUCCAGCCAGCUGCCAUCGCCAAGGUCUCCAAAGCUUGCACCUCCAUCUGCCAGUGGGUGCGCGCCAUGCACAAGUACCACUUUGUAGCCAAGGUUGUGGAGCCCAAGCGGCAAGCCUUGAGAGAGGCAGAAGAGGACCUGCGUGCAACUCAGGAGGUCCUUGACGAAGCUAAGCAACGCCUGCAGGAAGUUGAAAAUGGUAUUGCUGCUCUGCAAGCCAAGUACAACGGCUGCAUAGCCAAGAAGGAGGAACUGGAGAUGAAGUGUGAGCAGUGUCAGCAGAGACUGGGUCGUGCCGCCACGCUCAUAAACAGCCUGGCUGAUGAGAAGGUGCGCUGGAAGGACACUGUUGAGAACCUGGAUUACAAGAUCAACAACAUUGCUGGGGACGUGCUGCUUGCAGCUGGCUUUGUUGCCUACCUGGGCCCUUUUACUGGACAGUACCGCGUGGCACUGUGCAACGAGUGGCUGAGCAAGUUCUCAGAAAACAAUAUUCCUCACACCGAGGAGCCCAACCUGAUCAGCACCCUUGGGGACCCCGUGGAAAUCCGCUCCUGGCAGGUUGCUGGUUUACCAAACGACAUGCUGUCUGUGGAGAAUGGGGUAAUAACACGGUUCUCCCAGCGCUGGACUCACUACAUAGACCCUCAAAGACAAGCAAACAAAUGGAUCAAGAACUUGGAGAAGGCAAACAGCCUGGAGGUGGCCAAGAUGAGUGACCGGGACUUCCUCAGCAGCCUGGAAAAAGCCAUUACUUAUGGGAAGCCCUUCCUGCUGGAGAACGUCGGCGAGGAGCUGGACCCGGCCCUUGAACCCAUCCUGCUAAAACAGACCUACAAACAGCAAGGCAGAACAGUGCUGAAGCUGGGGGAUACGGUGAUCCCUUACAAUGAGGAUUUCAAGCUGUACAUCACCACCAACCUGUCCAAUCCCCAUUACAGCCCUGAGAUUUCCACAAAAGUCACCCUCAUCAACUUCACCAUCUCACCCAGUGGCUUGGAGGACCAACUGCUGGGACAAGUGGUGGCUGAGGAGCGACCUGACUUAGAAGAGGCUCGAAACCAGCUGAUCCUUAGCAAUGCUGAGAUGCAGCAGGAGCUGAAGGAGAUAGAAGAUCAGAUCCUGCAUCGGCUCAGCACUUCCGAAGGAAACCCUGUGGAUGACUUAGAGCUCAUCAGUGCACUAGAAGCAUCCAAGAUCAAGGCAGGGGAGAUCCAGACCAAGGUGAAGGCGGCAGAGCAGACAGAGGUGGACAUCAACACCACACGCUUGCAGUAUGCCCCUGUUGCUGUCCGCGCACAGAUCCUCUACUUCUGUGUCUCAGACCUGUCCAGCGUGGACCCCAUGUACCAGUACUCACUGGAGUGGUUCCUCAACAUCUUCCUCAUGGGGAUCAGUAACUCUGAGAAAGCAGAUACUGUGAAGGACCGGAUCGUGAACAUCAACAACUACCUCACCUUCAGUCUCUACUGCAGCGUGUGCCGUAGCCUCUUUGAGAAGCACAAGCUCAUGUUUGCCUUCCUCGUUUGCUCCCAGAUCUUGAUGAAUGAUGGGCGGAUUGAUAUGGAUGAGUGGAGAUACCUGCUCUCAGGGGGAACUGUAAAGGAGGUGCAGGAGAACCCAGCUCCAGACUGGCUGAAUGAGCGAGCGUGGGGAGACAUCCUGGCUUUGAGCAACCUGAAGAACUUCUCUGGCUUUGCCGGUGACUUUGCUGCCAACCUUGAAUCAUUCAGGGCCAUUUUUGACAGCCAGAAACCUCACAGACAGCCCCUGCCAGGGAAGUGGGACACUGAGCUCGAUGCCUUCCAGAAGCUGCUGGUUCUGCGGUGUCUGCGGGGAGAUAAGAUCACCAAUGCCAUGCAGGACUUUGUGGCACUGAACCUCGAUCGGCACUUCAUUGAGCCUCAGACCACUGAUCUCUCCGUCGUGUUCAAGGAGUCCAGUUCCACCAUCCCCCUUGUGUUCGUGCUGUCCCCAGGCACUGACCCAGCUGCCGACCUCUACAAGUUUGCUGCAGAGAUGAGGUUCUCCGAAAAGCUCUCUGCCAUUUCCCUGGGCCAAGGCCAGGGUCCCCGUGCUGAAGCCAUGAUGUGCAGCGCCAUGAAGAAGGGAAACUGGGUCUUCUUCCAGAACUGCCACCUGGCGCCCAGCUGGAUGCCUUCACUGGAGAGACUCAUUGAAUGCAUUGACCCCAACGAGGUGCAUCAGAACUUCCGCCUCUGGCUCACCAGUCUACCGAGCAACCACUUCCCUGUGUCCAUCCUCCAGAACAGCUCAAAGAUGACCAUUGAGCCUCCCCGUGGGGUCAAAGCCAACCUGCUCAAGUCCUACAUCAGUUUCAGCGAUAACUUCCUGAAUUCCUGCCCUAAGGUCACAGAGUUUAAAUCCUUGUUGCUGUCACUUUGCUUCUUCCACGGGAACAUGCUGGAGAGGAGGAAGUUUGGGCCACUGGGGUUCAACAUCCCCUAUGAGUUCACAGAUGGAGACCUCCGCAUCUGCAUCAGCCAACUGAACAUGUUCUUGAGCGAGUACAAGGAGGUCCCAUACAAGGUUCUGAAGUACACAGCUGGGGAGAUCAACUACGGUGGCCGAGUGACUGAUGACUGGGACAGGCGCUGCAUGAUGAAUAUUCUGGAAGAUUUCUAUAAACCUGAGGUUCUGACUCCUGAGUUUGCCUAUUCAGAAUCCGGGGUCUACAGGCAGAUCAGUACCUCUUCAGGCCUCGAUGGGUACCUGCAGUACAUCAGGAGCCUGCCGCUCAACGACAGCCCCGAGCUCUUUGGUUUGCAUGACAAUGCCAACAUCACCUUUGCUCAGAAGGAGACCUUCGCUCUGCUAGGAGCCAUCCUGCAGCUGCAACCCAAGACAGUCGCAUCGGGUGGCUGCACCAGGGAAGAGCUGGUGGAAGAGACUGCAAAUGAGAUCCUGGCAAAGCUGCCUGACCCCAUGGACGUGCAGGAGGUGGUCUGCAAAUACCCACUGCUCUACGAAGAGUCUAUGAACACAGUGCUGGUGCAGGAGGUGAUCAGGUACAACAAUCUCCUGGAGGUGAUUGCUCAGUCGCUGAAGGAUUUGCUGAAAGCUCUCAAGGGCCUGGUUGUCAUGUCCUCUCAGCUGGAGCUGAUGGCCGACAGCUUGUACAACAACUCGGUCCCCACUAUGUGGAACGCCAAGGCCUACCCAUCACUGAAGCCUUUGGCAUCCUGGGUGAACGACCUGGUGCAGCGGGUUGAGUUCCUCCAGAAGUGGAUCAGCCACGGGAUCCCCCCUGUGUUCUGGAUCAGUGGAUUCUUCUUCCCUCAGGCCUUUCUCACUGGCACGCUGCAGAACUUCGCUAGGAGGUCUGUCAUCUCCAUUGACAACAUCUCAUUUGGCUUUGAGGUGAUGAAGGAAUCACCAAGCGAGCUUUCUUGCCCUCCCUCUGAUGGCUGCUACAUCUAUGGCUUGUUUCUCGAGGGCGCCCGCUGGGACCCCUCUGCCUUUCAGCUGGCAGAGUCCCGCCCCAAGGAGCUGUACAGUGAGAUGGCUGUCAUCUGGCUGCUGCCCGUCGCCAACCGCAAGCCCCCAGCUGCUGGUGUGUACCUGUGCCCCAUCUACAAGACACUCACUCGUGCAGGGACGCUGUCAACAACGGGUCACUCCACCAACUACGUGAUCGCUGUGGAGAUCCCCACAGACAAACCUGAGAAGCACUGGAUCAAACGAGGCACAGCCUUGAUCUGCGCCCUGGACUUCUAGCCAGGAACUGCCCAGGCAGGGGAACCACCCUGGGACAAGUAAGGGCAGUCAGCAGGACUCAGGCAUCAUCCACCAGCAGCUACUCUCCUUCUCUUUUCUCCCCAUCUGUUCACUACAUCCUUUAUUACACAUGGGGUUGAGCUGCAACCAGCAUUGCAUCCUGUUGUUGCAAUCCCCACAAUUACACCUCUCUUAGAAUCACUUGCACACCGCUCCCCCCGAUGGCUGUUACAGGAGCUUUAUUCCUUCAGACAGAUCCAUUACAUACAGCACUUGUUAUUAGACACAGCAAGAGACGGAAGGAUUUUCUUUCCUUCGAGGAAGUACAAAACAAAA